GUUCCGAGUUUCCCAAAUCACCGACCUCGCUGCACAUAUAUCGCAUCGCGCAUCGUGGUCGUUUUCACGCGGGGCGAAAAGACCUCUCGGUCGGCGGCCGGUCGGAUAUGGCAUCAAACCUGACUGACUCUGGGCUGCUGGCGAACACCUUUUCCUCUUUCUUGCUUCCAGCGUGCGAUUAUUCGUGUUGCGACUGCCGUCCGAACUGGACCUGUUUGCGCCCCGUUCCCCGUUUUUACCACUUUUUUUUUUAUUUUCUCUGUGCACAUUUUUUCUUGCACACGGCGACGACACUGACAUUGACAGUGCGGUUUGACCAAGAUUCGGUUCCCGUGUGGUGUGGAGAAUUUCCCCGUGAUCGCCGUACUUGUAUCCGAAGCGACGACGCGCAACUUGAUCUUGAUCUUGAGAGAUUGGUGUGAUAUACGCGCGGGCGCGCACGCGAAGUUAGAUGCGCGGAGCAGAUCAUCUAGUAUUGGCGAUGAUAGCGAAAGAAGUGUUUCCACGGGAUGUAGUCGAACGGUUCGUGUAAGAAUAUUUGAAGUUUGGGAGCAAUUAGUGCUGUUCAACUGAGCCGGGAGGAAGCGUAAUUUGCGUCGGUGGCUUUUGGUUGGAGUUUCGUGGUGUUUUUGAAAAGAAGUGCGUUUUUUGGCUUUCCUCUCUGCAAGACGAGCAAGGUGUCCGUCCAUCAGUUGUCGAAGAAGUGGCUGACCCAAAUUUGCGCAUCGGAAGUGUGUGGUGACCUACAGCGCGAGAAGAAGUGCCCCAAGUGAUGAUUGAUGAUCUUCGAAUGCUGUAAGGGAGAAAGAAUGAUUGGGGUUUUCUGAAUGAGGUGAAAAUCGACAGUAGACGUCGCUUUCGAAAGGGGAGUGAGUAAACAUAAAAUGUGUAUCAACAUUAUCCUAUACAAGAUGGAUAGCAUCAAGCGCCAGUUGGGGCUAGGAGAUGAUCGUAGGUGGUUUUUGCCGGGAGGAGGAUCUUCCUUGCUGUUGCUGUAUGGCAUACUAACGAUCAUGGCGUUAACUCCCAGAGGAUCUGUCGAAGGCUACAGCGUACAGAAAAGAGAAACCAACAGUUGCUACUACAACGGGACCCACUUCAUGGAGGGGUCGAUAGUUCCCACGAAGGAACCGUGUCUGAUGUGCAAGUGCCAGAGCAAAACGCUAAUCUGCGCGCUCAAAGUGUGCCCGGAACAACCCAUUCCACCACCACGUGGUUGCAUCUUGGUGCACAAGAGCGGUGCCUGCUGUCCCUAUCUGCAGUGUUCCAAACUUCAUCUAACGUCCAAAAACAGCGGUGAUCGUAAGAAAAUUCACUUCCUGGACUACUACGAGAAGGAAGCCGAAGAGCGACUUUCCAAUCCCAAUUCCUACCUCCGUAGGUCUGACGAUGAAGACGUGGAGGAAACCGGAGCGUGCAUCGUCAACGGAACCGUGUACAAAUCUGGUUCAGCAAUGACAUCGUCCUCGCUGUGCUCCUACUGCUACUGUAUCAACGGGCGGCAGAAGUGUGUCAAACCCAAAUGUGCCUUGCCGAAUCCUCGUUGUGCGCCGAUUUUCAUAGAUUCGGCGUGCUGUCCCAUUCGGUAUGACUGUACCGGGAAGAUACCUGUGAAGGAGGUUGUAUCUACAGAAUCGCCCAAUCAAAUCAGAAGAAUCAACAAUCGUCACUAUCUGCGAACGGUCGAGCGUAAGGGUUUCAAGAGCACUGGAUGUUCGGUUGAUGGGAAGUUAUAUCCUGAAGGAGAAAGGAUAAGCAGUCCGGAUCCUUGUCAGGUUUGCUUCUGCAUCAGAGGAGAACAGAAGUGUACCCCGAAGAAGUGUGCUCCGGCCAUCAAGGGUUGUACGCCACGUGUUCCACGAGGAGAAUGCUGUGCAGUGCGGUACGAUUGUAGUAAGUUAAAGGCCGGAUCUCGAGUAUUCCGUGGUUCUGUUGAUAACUCUACGCUCGUUUCAGAAAUCGGUGACCAGAAGCGACAGAGCUCACGAAAGAUUGAAGAGGAAGAAGAGUCGUUCGAUUUCUUUUCCAUCCUGUUUGGGCCAGAUCCGGAUGAGCCGAAACCAGAGGCGAAAAAUGCAACAGAACUGAUAGUUACCGAGGCACCACCAGUGAGCUCAACAUCUGAGAAGAGUUUCUUCGACUUCCUGAAAGCAGGUCUGGAGUUCAUCGACAGCAACGCUGAUGAUCUGUUGGAAACAACUCCGGCCUCAACUGCACCAGAGAUUAGUUCCACUACGGAGAGCAUAACUGAAGUACACACAGUACGAGUUGAGAUAGUUCGAGAGCCUCAAACGGUUUACAUCGAGAAACCCGACUUCAACUUCCCGGUGAGAGUGACCUCUCCACCGAUUCGGCGAGUUAGCACUACACUUAAACCCGCACCAACUACUACCAAGACACAGACAACUACAAGUACGACAACUCCCUCAACCACAACUGUAUCAUCGACCUCCACGACUACGACUGCACCGUCUACUACAGCUAUACCCACUACAACAACUUUACCAUCUACUACUACGAGAAUGGUACCCACUACUACUACGAGAACUGUACCAUCUACUACUGCGAGAACGGUACCAUCUACUACUACAAGAACUGUACCAUCUACUACUGCGAGAACUGAACCAUCUACUACUACAGCGAGAACGACCACAACCACAACUACGGAAACUCCAUCAACUACAACAACUAAAACAACUGUAACGACAACGAAGACUCCAUCAACGACUCCGACAACAACUCCACUUCCGACCACUACAACGACAACGCAGGUACCAUCUACAACUACAUCUUCAAGUACAGUCACAACGACAGUUCUUCCCAUAUUGGAAACAACUACGCUUCCCCUCCAACAGAAAGUUAACCUUACGAUUCCGCUAGAUAUCGAUCUAACCAAAGCGGAGCCAGAAUUUCAGGACUUAGAGUCAGAUUCCCUCCUCAAGGAAAAUCCAACUGACGUGUCGAAUUCCCUCACGGAUCUUGAAUCAUCUGAAGAAUAUGGUGAUGACGACAUUGAUAGCGCGGAGACAUCAACGGCCAAGAGCGUGGAAACGGAAACCAUCUCUUCGACAACUGAAAGCGCGGAACGAUCUUCUUCGGAAGAAUCGGUAGUGACGGAAAGCACCACAACGAACGCCCCAAUCGACGUCGUUAUCAAAAUAGACGAUUCGGUCACCAGUUCAGCCGUGGAGUCUAUCAUCAGUUCCCUGAAUGCGAAAAUCGAGAAGGUCGAACCGAUUCCUGCGACUACAACGAUUGCCACUAAACGACCGAACAACAAGUUCGUUGGGUUUGAGGUAGAGAAGAUUCCUACCACGGUGCUUCCUGCGGUGGUUGUUUCCACAACGGUGCCGUCUUCAACCGAAGAAGUGUCGACGGAACGAAGUGAGGUCACGACGGAAGGAACUUCCCAAGAAUCAACAACAUCUGGUGCAGUAAAUGAUGAGACGGAUUCAAGUGAUGAGUCGACGGUGGAUUACAAGGGCGAUGAAAUGCUGGUUGAAGAUAUGUUGACGACUGAGUCGUCCAAUGAGGGAACCACGACCGAACAAAGUGAAGAAGACGAUGUGGGAACUACAGUGGGUUCUUUUGAAGUAACAUCUACCGUAGCGCCGACCACUUUUAUUGAUGAUGAUAAGAUGGAGUUCAAGAGUGAGAGUGAAACCGACCUUCCGAUUACGGAACAUGAUGUCCAAACCACGACAGAAGUAUCAGUGACUACGACAACUCAGAAGAUCAAGACGCCUUCUCAGAAGAACACAACUAAGCCCCUUGUAACGAAGGAGAACAAUCUGCUGUCAGUAUUACUAACAGAACUCUCCAACAUUUUCGAUUCAACGAGAAAUGAAUCCAAACAGAAUACCAAAAACAAAACGGAAUACCGGCCUGUAACUCCAAAACCAAUUCCGAUCGGCGAGUUCCAUCGUCCCAGCAGUAUACCGUCGAUCCUCGAAUCUGACAUCGACCUAGACUACAGUGAACCUACUCUUCCACCCAGUCUACCAAACCUCAAAAUCAUCCCCUUCCUGCCGGCUGACGCGGUUAAGAAAAACGAGGCUCCAAUUCCACUUGCCGCUCCAUACGACUUCUACAAACCCAAUCCAACCAACUACCCAAUCAUCACCGAAAGCUACGAGCCGUACGGUGUGCCUCACGAUCAUGAAAUCCACCCCGGAAUGCCAUUCAAACCUCCGAAAUACGACUACAGCUACGAUCAGUCGUUGAGCAGCUACCCGGCCCUAACGGAAGGCUACGACCUGGACGGCAAGAGUAACCACUACAACACGAAGAUCAUCCGGGACAAGUACGACACCAUUGCCGACACGGACUACGAGUACGAUACGGAUGCGCUGGCCAAGUACGAACUGCACGCCAAGAAGGAACACUUCAAGAACGAGCUGAAGAAGUUCAUCCCCACGAAGUACGAGGUGCCGCAGGAGGGGACGUACGUUCCCGUGUACGACAAGUACGGCGUUGGCUAUCCGGAGAAGAACGUGUACUAUCCAAAUCACAAGGAAAAAUACGAACCGGUUGUUUAUAACGCGAAAAUGGACGUUGUUAGUACGGAGCAUCCGCUGUUCCGGAUGGAAGAGAAAUCGGUUGCCGGCAGCAGUGGAUUCUCGCCACCGACGAAAACUGAAGGUGGAUUCCUUCCAAAGGAUCACAUCAAGGAGGACUUCUACUAUGAACCGUACGUGACAACUGCGUUCCCGACUGAUAAGACGACCGAAGAGUACGCUGCGAAGAUAGCAAUCAACACCACUGCUUCCACAUUUGGAGCGACCAUCGCUAACCCAUUCAUAGACGUCAUCCGACCGGAGCCGGCACCACCGUUGAUGAGCCUCAUCGAGGAUAAAGAAAAGCUCUUCUCCGUGUACCACUCGGUUGCCAAAAACAACCAUUCCUCGUUGGAUGACCUGCUAGAUACGGAUACCGUUGACGAUAGUGCCGAGUACGACAAGCAAAUCAUCUCGAUCACGACGGAUGCAAACUAUCUGUCGACGAUGGGAAAUUCGGUUGAGGAAGUUGACAUGGUAUCGAGUAUCGAGGGUGCUUCGGCGCUUCCGCUGCGUGGUGGUAUGGACUACACGGUGGUACCGGUUGAAAUGGAAACAACUCAGAUGGUGAGAAAUUCCACGGAACCGGAACCGAAUGGUAUGUUCAGUCUGGAGAAUGUAUUGAACUACCUAUUCAGGGAAGAGGAGCCUUACCAAGAUAAUGGAGUCAGGAAUACUACGUCCACGACACCAGCGUUGAUCGAUGGAGUUCCUCCGUUCAAGACUAUUCCGGCGCAUCUGGGAAGCGUUUACAGUCCUCCAACGAGUAUCGAGGGAUCUCUUGGAGAGGUGCAGCAUCACGAGGAAGACGAUGAACAACAUGACGGUACGGUAACGCUCAAGAUCGAAGACGGCCAGAACGGAACCAAGGAUCUGUAUCGGCCCUCGCUGAUGGAUCUCCCGUUCCUGAAUCCGAACUUCCACUCCCCAAGUGGCAGCGGAACGCAGGACGGCGCCGAACUGAAGAACGACAUCGAUCGGUACGGGUUCGAUCCGGACGUGGAACACUACCAGGUGAUAUCGGAUGGACCUCCGAACACGAUACCCAACUCGGAGACCUACGUGGUCAAUCCGGUGGACAUCAACAAGCUGAAGCAGCAUCACUCCGAGGGCACGGCGGAGAUCACCAUGAAGUCGAAGGUGUACAGCCUGAAGGAUACGGUUGGGAUCCUGAAGCUAGCGGGGUGUAAUAUCUACGGACGAAUGUACAGGGUCGGUAGGAUAAUCUCCGAGCUGUCCGGACCGUGUCUGGAGUGUAAAUGUACCGAAGUGGGAGUGCACUGUACGCCACUGAACUGCUGAAUGAUCGAAUGUUAGCGAGAGUAUAUGUUGCGGUGUGAGCAUGUGUGAGUGUGUUCCUGUGAUUAUCGUGAUAUUAUGGUAGUGUAUUAAGUAAUUCCGCCAAUCUCAACGAAUGUAGAUCAUCGAUAGGAGAUUCGAAUUGUCUGAAACCGAGCGAAUGUGACACAAUAACCGUACUUAGUUUAUGAUAAUACUAUAAUGUAGCUUUCGUAAGUGUUAGGAUAAGAAAUUAUUGACGAGGUGGUUCGUUUUGAAUCAAGACAUUAUAGUACAUUAGGGUGGGGCAUUGUUGUAUCAAAAAGGAAAUAACCACGAUGGCCUACCCUAAUCCUGUGUAGUAAACGGAGAUAAUAGCAAGAUUUUGAACAUUUAACUGUCGCAGUUUUAUUCGAUUUGCUCAUUUAUGCCCAAUCGAACGAGAUUGAAAUCAUUUCCGUCGAAAAAACAAACGCCAUGUAAAUUUAUACUUUGCAAAAUCAAAAUUAGGGAAUGGAUCAAGUAGUAUAACAAUCAAGACAGUGUCUCAAAACUCUUACAUAAACCAUAAAAAGCUCCUGAAAGCUGUUCUCAUCCAGCAGUGACUCUGGAAUAGA